UCAGAUCAGUCAAAUAUAAUUAUUUAUGGUUAAUUUGGCCAUCCAUAUCCGUCAGAUAACUCGGUUAAACCUAAAUUAUAAAUAUUGCAUUUAAUGUCAUUUGGAAAUAUUGCUAGAUUGAGGUACCAAGAAUUUUGAAGGCCAAGGGCUGAGCAAACCCAUUAAUAGACAAAUUGCCUGUAGAUGCAUAACAGGAGAACUAUACCUAUGUAGAGAACUCAGUGAAGCAAAACAUAUCAAAGUAAUGAUUGGACAGCCAGUAGAUUAAUAUUACUGGUAGAGCUAUGAAGAAAUGAUUAUUAUGAAUGAGGUCCUGGCGGAUAUUUGGGCCGGCGGCUAUUUUUGAAGUGAAACCUCAUUUUGUGUAGUUGUUAGGUUUUAGAAAAUGGAGGAGGAAAUGAAACAAUUGAAAUCCCUGUUGCGGUCUCUGGUAGUGUCAAGCCCAACACAAAUGGAUGUACGCAGUCUGUUACGUGACUACCGCAACAUGGUUGGCGAGCCUGUUCCAAUUGCUAAGUUUGGCCACAAGGACCCUGUUGCAUUUUUGCGAGAGCGAUGCAAUGAUUCCUUUCUGUUUACAGGUCCAACAACAAAUCCAAUUCUCACCCUGAUUGUACCAGACACAUUACAACACAUUGACAAGUUUGUACAGAGACAAAAAGUACCAUCUACUUCAAAAUUUAAAUCAAAGAGAAGAAGUGUACCUGAAGCAGCAGUGGCCACACCAAAGGAUAAUGUAUUCAAAUCAUUCGUGGCGAGAAGUAAGCCGGCGCCCGUGGAGCCCCAACGGCAACCCCAAGGCAGGCAGCCGGAGCCGGUCGCGCGUGACACUGCCCCUGCCUCUGCAGUUGCCAAUAAUCACGAAAAGGCUGUUACCAGCAACGACGUCCAAAAUUUCUUAAAAAAGCGCAUCCCGCAGUACGACGCCCUACAUACUAUUGAAGACGACAAUGAUGAAGCGGCAACCCUCGCACUUGACAAUGACGAACUGGAUUCUGGGAGACACACGUCAUCUAGCAGCGCCAGUACCAAGGCUCGGCAGUUCGAGGAGCUCAAGUCGGAGAUACUGGAGCUGAUCGCGGCAGCGCCCGGCGGGGUCUGGUGCACGGAUCUCAUUAGACUGUACAGGGAGCGCUACGAGCGCGAGCUGAACUUCAAGCGGUUCGGGUACAACAGCAUCCUCAGCGUGGUGUACACGCUGGAGCCCCGCGUCGCCAUCUCGCGGCCCGACCCCGUCGGCGACUGGCUGCUGGAGGACGGCCAGCGCGCCCCCGACCGCGCCCCCGACCGCGCCCCCGACCGCGCCCGCGCCGCGCGCCUCGCCCGCUCGCUGCCCGCGCCGGCCUGCGCGCUGCCCACGCCCGACCCCGACCCCGACGAUGCAUUGCCCGGCAUCGAUUUUGACCCAGACGUGUUUCCGGAGGAUUGCAUUAGCUACAUGGAGAGCAUCCCGCCGCUGUCACUGGAGGACUGCGUGCCCGGGGCCAUGCUGGAGGUCAUCGUGGGCGAAGUCUACUCCCCCUCGCACUUCUGGCUCAUCCGGCUCGGGGAGCAGUACAACAUCGCCAUGGAGGACAUGAUGGACGACAUGACGCGCUACUACUGCGGCGAGGGCCGCGCGCGGACGCUGGCGCGCGGCGCCGUGCGGGUGGGCCACUACUGCAGCUCGCUCUACGAGAACGACUGGCACCGCUCGCUCAUCGUCAAGAUCAUCGACAGCGACACCGUCAAGGUUUCAACAAUACUAGCUCUUACCCGCAGCGUCGCUCCCGUUAUUUGACUUCCUACUUUACCCACCGUAUUCUAGCUACCCUAUACUACCUACUGUGUCCUAUCCUAUCCUAUGUCCUUCUCCCAGUUCUUAGCUACGUCACUGCGAAUUCUUAGCCAAAUUGGUUCAGCCGUUCUUGAGUUAUAAAUAGUGUAUGUUUUAUACAGGGUUACAGGUUAAGUCGACCUAUUCCCGUUAAGAGCAUGUAGUUUAAAUCGGUCCUGACUAAUUUGACUAUGAAAGACCCUGUCCGAAAUCUAACCGUUUUUGAGAAAUUUGAAUUAAUUGAUUUUUAGAAAAAAAUCCCGAUUUUCGGUUGUCGGCUUGAUUAUCAAAAAAUUUGAAAGUGCUAUCAUAACCAUUAUUGUUUUUUUUCUUGUAAAAUAAGAUGCUCUAUGGCCUCAAUAACUAAUAUUGUACGUAAAAUAACGAAAUAGGUUGUUGUGAAUAAUUAAAAAUUAAAAAUUCAUUUUGAAAUUAAGAAAAUUUAUUUUUCUUUAAACGAUAGCUAAAAAAAUAAUAUGGCGCGUGUUUAGCAGAUGUGCUUUAUAAUAUCUACGUUUCAUCAGUUAUCCAACGAGGUAUAUCAAGGUUUGCUUAAAAAAAUUUAGACCAAACUUAGCUACCAAAGCUACCGGGGAGAAAAAAUAAAACAAAGGACAUGUACAAAAUACGAAUUUAUUAAAUUAGAAAUCGCAAAAAAGGUAAUUAUGCUAAAUUACAAUAAAUGUUCGACGUGUUCGCCUCUUUUCUGAACACAUCUCCGCAGUCUUUUACGGAGGUCACUUUUCACCACACCAGUAGUAAGAUUUCUCCUUAUUGGGUUUGCGGCAUUGAUUCCAGUAAUGGGAUGGGGUUGGGCUCGCUGUACACCAGACUCUUCAUGUGCCCCCAUACAUAAAAAUCCAUCGGGGUAAGGUCUGGACAUCUAGCUGGCUAGGGUAAAGGCCCACCUCGCCCAAUCCAUUUAUUAGGGUAGGCCGUGUCCAGCCUUUGUCUCACACUUCUUCGGUAGUGUGCUGGGCAGCCAUCAUGACUCAAUGAUAAGUCGUCCAGUAAUUCGGAUAGGUCUCCUCUCAGGAAAUUUUCGUAUUGUUCAUAGCGUUUUCAUGAUAAGCUGUGAACCUUCGCGCACAGUUACACGAAGCCCGUUUGCUUUACAUUGCGCGCAAUAAUUUUUUUUUUUUUUGAUUCCUAUAAAUAAAAGUCGUUUCCCAGUGAUAAUUGUAGCGUAAAGCUACUUAGUUAGAACUGCAGUAUGCGUAGUUAACGGCUUCGUUAAGUGUCACCCUGUAUAAUCUGGCGACGCGUAUGUAUAUGAUCUACGGUGCUAAAGCCUUUUCGGAAACCGGCUUUUCGCGGUUCGAGAGGCUGGAAGUCAUCAAACCUGCGUUCGAGACGGUUCGUGAUGACCCUCGAGAACAGCUUGUACACGUGACUCAGAAGUGAGAUAGGUCUGUAGUUCUUCAGCAAAGUGUUAUCUCCCUUUUUGUAGAACAGAACUCUAGUUUCGGAAUUGAAUAACUUUUGGAGGACUAAAAGUAUCGGUUUUCCACUUGCUCCAAAAAGUUGUGUUGUGAUUCCGUCAUCGCCCGGUGCCUUGUUGUUUUAACUUAGUACAGGCUCUCUUCACAAAGUCAUCUAGCCGCUGUUCCCGAUCCGAUACCACCCUGGGAGUUUCGCUCUCUUUCUCGGAAGAAGAGCAUGUUGCCGGAAUCCAGGACCAUAGUAUCCUGGCUCUCUCUUCGGAUUUCGGACAGUCCAAAGAUGUCCCAACGCAUUUGGUUCAAUUCUUCCUCCAGCUCAAUUUCAUCGGUUGCCAGUAGGGGCUAAAGUUCGUCGGGGUUGGAAGCGGUUCCUCUGCCGGGGAUUCUUAGCACCCCUUGCUCCGCCGUUACCUAAUCCGCUACCUAGAUCAUGAAUGGGGGCCGUGUGCUAUUUGCGUUGAUCAUGAAGGAGGAUUUGCCAUACUCCCUACGCUUGGCAGGCGGCUCGGGGUCUCAGUUAGGUCACCGAGGUAUGUAUGGAAUGCUGCUGCUCACUCCUCGGCGUCUGGUCGCAGUUUAAGGACGUAUAGCAAUUCGGAAUAAGGUAGUCACUAAUGAAGUGUCUUUUUCGGAGUGUACAAAUAAUCGGGCGCGAAAGAGCGGGCGGUACAAGAAUAGCGCGCGCAGGUGCGGCACGUGGACUACGGCACGGUGGACACGGUGCGCGCGGCGUCGCUGCGGCCGCUGCGGCGCUGCUGGGCGCGGCUGCCGGCGCAGGCGCUGCGCGCGCGGCUGGCGGGCGUGCGGCCGUGCAGCGCGGGCCGGCGCUGGCCGCCGCCCGCCGCCGCGCACCUGCUGCGCCUCGUGCGCGACACGCGCUUCGUCGCCAACGUCGUGGCGCGCGACCCGCAGGAGGAGCUGCUGGAGGUACUGCUGAUAGACACGCGGCAGGCGGAGGACCGCUGCGUCAGCGCCGCCCUGGUGCGCGCCGGGCACGCCGACCCGCGCCCCGACUCCUCGCUGCGGACGGCAGAAUGCUACCUGUACCCGAGGUUCGAGGCGCUGGAAAACGGCGACACGCCCAAUCUGGCCGAGAUCAGCGCCUACCUGAGCGAUGGCAUCGCGCUCGACUACGUGGAGGCCUACCGACGCCACGUGCCCAUGUGCCUGCCGCCGCUCGCGCCCGCCCCAGCCCGCGCCCCCGCCCCCGCCGCGAACCGCGCCCCCGCGCCUUCCCGCGCCCCCGCACCCACACGCGCCCUCGCCCCUGCUCAGCGUACCUCGCCUACUUUGGUCCCGACGCGCGCCCCUGCACCUCAUCGCACCCCUUCACCGGUACCAGUCCCUACGAGCUCCGAUCGCCUCCUGCCAGCCCCAAUAUCCACGCCAUCACCUACUACAGCCCAAGCUUCCCCGUCUCCUCGACCGACAACAUCGCCAUCCUGGUCCGCCGCACACCACACCCGCGAGCCGAGGGAGUUGAGUACUAGCAUCCCGCUGCAGUGGCCCGGGACAGGCCCCUGCUACUGGGGCGCGGGCGGCGCGGCGCUGAGCCCGGCCGAGUGCGCCACGUACAGCCAGCUGGCGCGAGUCAACCCGGAGGCGGCGCACUGGUACUUGGUGGGCGCGCUGGGCCGAGCCCUGGCCGCGCCCUCGCCCGCGCCCUGCGCCCCGUCCCUGCUGGGGCCGCCGCCCGGGUUCGGCGCCUAGUUGUUGCAUUAGUGUUGUAAGAAGACUGUAGUAGACUAGUUGAUAUUGUUGUAAGUGCUAUUGUGAUAUUACCCUCUAUUUGUCGUGACGAAAGCUAUGUGUACAGCCUUGUCCCCUUACCUUACCUACUCUGACUGCAUAUAAUUAUUACCUUGCUACGGAAUGCAGGCUGUGCUUGUAUUUCGUGUGAAAUGUCAUCGACAUUCAUUUGAUUGACUGAUAAUGUUUGAUUAACUUUGUUAUACCUACGGUACGGCCCAAGGCCAACGUAAUGUAAUUAUUAACAAAAUAAGAAGCCAACUUUGACACUGCCGCUGUAACUUUAACGAACGUCAAUGUAAAAUCAUAAAACAUGUACCUAAUUCAUUACUUACUACGUUACCCGUUUAUCCAAUGAGUAUCGAUUUAAACAUAUUCGUUGUUAGCUUUCAAAUCACUCGUAGUAAAUAAUGUACGUACUUAAAGAACUUUGGAAUUGGAAAUUAUAAAAUGAAAAAUAGAAUAUCAAAUUGACUUCUUAUUUUGUGACUGCUAAAGAAAUAGGAUUUUGUCUUCCGACAGAUACGUAUUGUUUGUCAUGUUGAUUGUUUCUUAAAGUGACGAUUCAUCGAGCCUAGUUGUUAAUUAAAACAAUGUUAAGAGAAAAAAUUUGUAAACAUAUUUUUGCUAUUAAAUAGGUACAUACUCUUUGUACAAAUUGGUGGUCUGUUUAUUUGUUCGCGAGUUAUUCAUUGAAGUAGGUAUAGAUCAAUAGAAAGUAGG